CUCCUACUCAGCUGGAUCCUGUGGAAAAGCAACAGCGUCCUCGCCAGCCGGAGGCCGCCGCGGCCCAGCCGGGCAAAGGGACCGCUGUCCCCCCAACUCCCCACAAGGAGCUCUAGAAGCCCAUGACCAUGGACACUCUCAAUAGGAACCAGCUAGGCCCUGCGUGUAAGACUCAGGCAGUGGUGCAGAAAGGUCCACUGGACCUGAUUGAGACAGGCAAGGGACUCAAGGUGCAGACGGACAAACCUCAUCUGGUGAGCCUGGGCAGUGGCAGACUCAGCACAGCCAUCACCCUCCUGCCGCUGGAGGAAGGGAGGACAGUGAUUGGCUCCGCAGCCAGGGAUAUCUCGCUGCAGGGUCCAGGCCUGGCUCCAGAACACUGUUACAUCGAGAAUCUGAGGGGUACUCUCACCCUGUACCCUUGCGGCAACGCCUGCACUAUUGAUGGGCUCCCUGUUCGGCAGCCUACCCGGCUCACUCAGGGCUGCAUGUUGUGUCUGGGUCAGUCCACCUUCCUGCGCUUUAACCACCCUGCUGAAGCCAAGUGGAUGAAGAGUAUGAUUCCAGCAGGGGGCCGGGCCCCAGGGCCCUCCUACAACCCUGGCUCUGCUGAAUCAGAAAGCCUGAUGAAUGGGAACCACACGGCGCAGCCUGCCACCCGAGGACCUUCAGCCUGUGCCAGCCACAGUUCCCUGGUGAGCUCUAUUGAGAAGGACCUGCAGGAAAUCAUGGACUCAUUGGUACUAGAGGAGCCUGGAGCUGCUGGCAAGAAGCCUGCAGCCACAUCCCCACUGUCCCCAAUGGCUAAUGGCGGGCGCUACCUGUUGUCCCCUCCAACCAGCCCCGGUGCCAUGUCUGUGGGCUCCAGCUAUGAGAACACCUCUCCAGCCUUCUCUCCGCUCUCCUCACCAGCCAGCAGUGGAAGCUGUGCCAGCCACUCACCCAGCGGGCAGGAGCCAGGACCUUCUGUGCCCCCCCUGGUGCCUGCCCGUUCCUCCAGCUACCAUUUGGCUCUGCAGCCCCCACUGUCUCGCCCAAGUGUAACCCGUUCCUCUGAAAGUCCCCGGCUGGGCAGGAAAGGGGGUCAUGAGAGACCUCCCAGCCCUGGUCUCCGGGGUCUUCUGACUGACAGUCCUGCUGCCACAGUCUUGGCUGAGGCCUGCAGAACCGCUGAGAGCCCCCGACUGGGUGGGCAGUUGCCUGUGGUGGCUAUCAGCCUGAGUGAAUAUCCACCUUCUGGUGCCCGCAGCCAACCCACCAGUAUUCCUGGCAGCCCCAAAUUCCAGCCUCCAGUCCCUGCUCCCCGCAACAAGAUUGGCACACUCCAGGACCGUCCUCCCAGUCCUUUCCGGGAGCCUCCAGGCACAGAGCGAGUGUUAACGACCAGCCCCUCUCGACAAGUGGUGGGCCGAACAUUUUCAGAUGGGUCAGCAACCCGUACGCUCCAGCCUCCUGAGAGUCCUCGCUUGGGCCGGCGAGGCCUGGACAGUAUGCGAGAACUGCCCCCCUUGAGCCCAUCUCUGUCUCGAAGGGCUCUGUCCCCACUGCCAGCCCGGACUACCCCAGAUCCCAAGCUAAGCAGGGAAGUGGCUGAGAGUCCCCGACCCCGGCGCUGGGCAGCCCAUGGGACUUCGCCAGAGGACUUCUCCCUGACUCUGGGAGCUCGGAGCCGCAGGACUCAGAGUCCCUCGCCUACACUCGGGGAGUCCCUGGCACCUCAUAAAGGGAGCUUCAGCGGCAGGCUGAGUCCAGCCUAUAGUCUGGGCUCCCUUACUGGGGCUUCACCUCGUCAGAGCCCCCGUGCUCAGAGGAAGCUUUCUAGUGGGGAUUUGCGGGUGCCCAUCUCAAGGGAGAGGAAAAACAGCAUCACGGAGAUCAGUGACAAUGAGGACGAUCUCUUGGAAUACCACCGGCGGCAGCGCCAAGAGCGGCUCCGGGAACAGGAGAUGGAGAGACUGGAACGCCAACGCCUGGAGACCAUCCUGAACCUGUGUGCCGAGUACAGCCGAGCUGACGGGGGACCCGAAUCUGGGGAACUGCCCAGUAUUGGAGAGGCCACCGCAGCACUGGCUUUGGCAGGCCGGAGGCCCUCAAGAGGCUUGACAGGAGCCACAGUGGUCUCUGGAAGAAGCGGUGAGGAGUCUGGAGCUGCCUCCCAGCGCCUGUGGGAGAGCAUGGAGCGCUCUGAUGAAGAAAAUCUCAAAGAAGAGUGCAGUAGCACGGAGAGCACCCAGCAGGAGCAUGAAGACGCACCUAGCGCGAAGCUCCAGGGAGAGGUGCUGGCUGUGGAGGAAGAGCGGGCUCAGGUGCUCGGGCGGGUAGAGCAGCUGAAAGUCCGAGUCAAGGAGCUGGAGCAGCAGCUGCAGGAGGCAGCCCGGGAGGCUGAAAUGGAGAGGGCCUUGCUGCAGGGGGAGAGGGAGGCAGAGAGAACAUUGCUGCAGAAAGAACAGAGGGCGAUGGACCAGCUGCAGGAGAAGUUGGUGGCCUUGGAGACGGGCAUCCAGAAGGAGAGGGACAAGGAGAGGGCGGAGCUGGCCGCGGGACGGAGGCACCUGGAGGCCCGCCAGGCGCUCUACGCCGAGCUCCAGACGCAGCUCGAUAACUGCCCCGAGUCAGUGCGGGAACAGUUACAGGAGCAGCUGAGAAGGGAGGCAGACGCGCUGGAGACUGAGACAAAGCUCUUUGAAGACCUGGAGUUCCAGCAGCUGGAGCGGCAGAGUCGCGUGGAGGAGGAGCGGGAGCUGGCCGGCCAGGGGCUGCUACGGAGCAAGGCUGAGCUGCUGCGCAGCGUGACCAAGAGGAAGGAGCGCCUGGCUGUACUGGACAGUCAGGCUGGGCAGAUCCGGGCCCAAGCUGUACAGGAGUCAGAGCGUCUGGCCCGGGACAAGAAUGCCGCCCUGCAGCUUCUGCAAAAGGAGAAGGAGAAGCUGACGGUGCUCGAGAGGAGAUAUCAUUCACUCACGGGCGGCAGGCCUUUUCCAAAGACCACCUCGACCCUCAAAGAGGCUCAGCUACUCAUCUCCGAGUCCUCAGAGAUGGGGCUGGAGAACAAGGCUCUGGGCCCGUCCCCAAGGUCUUCUCAGGCAGGGGCCUCCUCUGUUCCCUUAACCCCUCCUGCUCCCACUCAGCUCUGUCCCAAAGCACACGAGUACGUGACGCUUGAGCAGCUAAAAGUGAUGUGGGGCACCUCACCCAUGCCCCCAACCCCUUCGCCAGGCAUGUCUUCCUGGGCUUCUGCCUCCCGGGACCUGGUUCCCAUCACCCGUCUUCCUCCCACGCUGCCCUUCUCUUCCUUCGCUUCCGUCACGCCUUCAUCUAAGAUGGAGAAGCUGCUGCUCCCCGCUGUAGACUUAGCGCAGUGGUACCAGGAGCUGAUGGCCGGGCUGGGGACUGGCCUCGCUGCUGCCGCAGCCUCCCCUCGCUCCUCUCCCCCGCCUCUGCCUGCCAAAGCUUCCCGUCAGCUGCAGGUUUACCGCUCCAAGAUGGAUGGCGAGGCCACCAGCCCUCUGCCCCGGACCCGUAGUGGCCCUCUCCCCUCCUCCUCAGGCUCCUCGUCAUCCUCUUCACAGCUCAGCGUGGCUACCCUGGGCCGUAGUCCAUCACCAAAGAGUGCCCUGCUCGCCCAGAAUGGUACCAGUAGCCUUCCUCGCAACCUGGCAGCCACGCUGCAGGACAUUGAGACCAAGCGCCAGCUGGCCCUGCAGCAGAAGGUCGAGUUACUUCCUGCCGAGCCCCUCCCACCUGACGACCCAGCAGGGCACCAGGUGAUCGAGGAGCAGAGGCGGCGGCUGGCUGAGCUGAAGCAGAGAGCGGCAGCAGAGGCCCAGUGCCAAUGGGAUGCCUUGCACGGUGCCUCGCCCUUUCCAGCAGGCCCCUCUGGCUUCCCUGCACUCAUGCACCGUUCCAUCCUGCACCACCUGCCAGCUGGCAGGGAGCGUGGUGAGGAGGGCGAACAUGCUUAUGACACCUUGAGCCUGGAGAGCUCGGACAGCAUGGAGACCAGCAUCUCUACAGGAGGCAAUUCCGUCUGCUCCCCUGACAACAUGUCCAGUGCCAGCGGUCUGGACAUGGGCAAGAUCGAGGAGAUGGAGAAGAUGCUAAAGGAAGCCCAUGCGGAGAAGAGCCGCCUCAUGGAGUCCAGGGAGCGGGAGAUGGAACUGCGGAGGCAGGCGCUGGAGGAGGAACGGCGGAGGCGGGAGCAGGUGGAAAGGAGGCUGCAGACGGAGAGCGCCCGUAGGCAGCAGCUGGUGGAGAAGGAGGUGAAGCUGCGGGAGAAACAGUUUUCCCAGGCACGACCUCUUACCCGCUACCUGCCCAACCGGAAGGAGGACUUCGACUUGAAGACCCACAUAGAGUCGUCAGGCCACGGGGUGGACACCUGCCUACAUGUGGUGCUCAGCAGCAAGGUCUGCCGUGGCUACUUGAUCAAGAUGGGUGGCAAGAUUAAAUCGUGGAAGAAGCGCUGGUUUGUCUUUGAUCGGCUCAAGCGCACCCUUUCCUACUAUGUGGACAAGCACGAAACGAAGCUAAAGGGGGUCAUCUACUUCCAGGCCAUUGAGGAAGUGUACUACGACCACCUACGCAGCGCAGCCAAGAAAAGGCUUUUCCACUUCACUAUGGUGACUGAGAGUCCGAAUCCAGCCCUCACCUUCUGUGUGAAGACCCAUGACCGGCUGUACUACAUGGUGGCCCCAUCUGCAGAGGCCAUGCGCAUCUGGAUGGAUGUCAUCGUUACAGGAGCUGAGGGCUACACUCAGUUCAUGAACUAACUACCAUGCACCUCCUGGGUCCCCAGGUCAGCCACAGGACCCAUGCCCUGCCACUUGCUGCUCAGCUUACCCCUGAAGACAGCAGCACACUGGGCACGGGGCCACAAAGGCUCAGGAUGUAGUUGAGUCCCCCCAGGGCUUUUGAGCAAGAAGACAAAUUGUUCUGUGAGGAGUUUGGUGCUUGAGGGUGGGACUUGGGUCCCUAAAGGGCCAGCAGAGAGGAGAGGAAGAGGGAGAGGCUUUGUUGUGUGUUGGGAGCCCAGAAGUUUUAGGGUUCCCUCCUGGGUCUGGCAGGCCUGAAGAGGAGUCACAGAGCGGGGCUCUCAACUCUGACCUGACACCCGCUCACCCCAGCUUGUUUUCUCUUUGUAAAGGACAAAUUAUGGUACCAGAAUCUGCCAAAGAUCCCCUUCUCAUCUCAACCCUGUACAGGGGCCUGGGGGGUACUGAGCAGAGCCACGUGUAGAGUUGGGGAACAACUCAGGCCUGCACUCUCCAACCCCCUUCUGCCUCCUCAUUCUCCCAUCUCUCUGUACUUUUCACUACUUUGCUCAAGGACCAGAGACCUCAAGUGUCAUCCUUGAGGUCCAGCCCCAUCUUCGUGUCGCAGACCCAUCACCAUGGUCUCUAUGGUGACUGCUUCAUCACCAUGGUUACACACUAAUUGCCAUGGCCACUCUGUGGCUCAGCCCACUGCUUCAGCUGUGGGCCACGUGAAGGUACGUGCCAUCAUCUCUCCGCCCCAGGCCUGGGGACAUGUCCCAUGGCAGGAGGAAACACCGACCCCCUGCUGCAUUGGUCUCAAGCCCCCAGUCCACACCUCUCCUUCCACCGUGCCUUGCUUAGAGCCAGAAGGGAUGGUGUUGGGGGCUCCCAGACCAGAGGAACAGCAGCUCUGAGGGAGAGGAAGCUAAGAUUCUGCCCUCCCAUUCUGAUGGGAUUCGUUCCCAGCAAGGAAAGAGGGUGGCUCAGAGCGUCCAGCAGGAAGCCUGAGCUGUGGGUGGGGAGGGCGGAAGCAGAGGCCCAGAGCUGUGGUACCCUCCCUUCAGUUUCCCAAGGGUGAUGGGAAAAGAGUGGGGAUCAAGUCUUCAGCUGGCUGGCUUCAGCCUUUGCGCCUUAACACUAAGCCACCUUCCCUGCCCUCCCCAGCACUGGGACCCUUGGUUGCUGGGCCUGGCUGGGUGUUUUGCAGUAUUUGUAAGCAUUUCAGCAGAACAAUAAUAAAAAGCAUUUUGACUAUGUA